AUGCAUCCUGUGCACAUUGUGCCGGGGGGCGUCGACAAUGCGCCGCUCGCCACGUUUGCGGCACUCGAUGCACCCCUCGAUACCCGAAAGCGUGCACACGAGCUCGUGGAUGCCGUGCUCGUGUGCAGCGAUACGCUGCACUUUCGUGCCAGCGUCCCCAGGCACUGGGACACGCGCGUCUCGCUCCACCGCGUGUCGGAUUGGCAGACGCGAAUGCAGCCGCGCGUACACGUACAUCCGAGCCACGGAGCCCUCUUGGACGUGUGCGCAGGCACAGAAACGCUCGUAACGAUACCCCUCGUGGCGUCGGCAUGGUGCCUGACGGCCCUGUCUCUCUCCAUCCUGCACGUGGACGCUCAUCUCGCCUGGGACGACCACGAUGUACGCCUGCGCGUCGAUGUCUUUACAACGAGUGCCUGCUUUCGACCGCAGCCCCCUGAUAUAGCUGAGCAGCUGCGUGCGGUGGUGGAACAUGCGAACAAGAUGGACCUCCCUCCCGUGGACGAAGUCGGCGGCGCGGCGCUCGUAUACGAGAGUCUCUGUCGCCGCGAGAUGCGCUCCGAGACGCGCAUGCCGCCAUGCGAGCAGCCGCGCGCACUUCUCGCACAUCUGCUGCCGUUUCAGCGCAGAUCUGUCAGCUUCUUGCUCGAGCGAGAAGCGCCCGCCGCUGAGCGGCAGUCGCUGCGCUCCGAAUGCGGUCCGUGGUGGAUUCGUGUCCACGCAUCGCUCUACUUCCAUGUACUCACAGGUGCGAUGACGACGGAGGCGGCUUUGGCUGCGGCCGAUCCCAUUCGCGGUGCCAUCCUGGCGGAGGAGAUGGGACUGGGCAAGACGAUCGAAGUGCUCGCCCUCAUCUUGGAGCAUACGUCACGACACCGUCACGAGCUCCCAUCGUACUGGGAUGCGGCGAAUGAGGCACAGGUCCAGCCGGUGGGCACGACGCUCAUCGUCUCGCCCGAAACACUCCGGCGGCAGUGGCUAGACGAGCUCGCGAUGUAUGCGCCCUCUCUGCGUGUCUACUCAUACACGGGUCACAAGGCCGCCGCAGAAGAUGCAGGAUCGUCGUGGGGCGAUUGGGCGAGCCAGUGGGACGUGAUGGUCGUGUCUUUCGAGACACUAGCUCGUGACUUGGCAGCCUCGCAUGCGGCGCCCGUGCGCAUGUUGCGACAGCCGUCCAAGUACGAGCGGCCGCGCAGUCCCCUCGUGCAGCUCGAGUUUUGGCGCGUCGUGAUGGAUGAGGCACAACUGGUGGGCGGCAACGCGGCGCGCACGAUGGGCAUGAUUCGGCGGCAAUGCAGUCUGGCCGUCAGCGGCACGCCUGUGCGACGCCUCGCAGACCUGCGCACGUCGCUGUGGUUCUUGGGACUGGCGCCAGCAGGUCCACCGCGCCUGUGGAAACGCAUUCUGAGCGCGGCAUGGGCGCCGUACGUGGGCCGCGUGUUGUAUGAUGUCGGCAUUCGGCACACCAAGGCGCAAGUGGCGCCGGAAAUGGUGCUGCCCAUGCAGACGCGAUACCUCGUGCCCGUGGACUUUACGCACGUCGAGACGGCCUUCUAUCGCGACGUGUGGCACGCGAGUCUGGCGGCGUUGCGCCUCGAUGCCGACGGGGCGCCGCAGCAUGAUACGUGGGAGCUAGAUACCUCUGUCCUUCGCGCGCAGCUUCAGCGCCUACGGCAAGCAUGUACACACCCGAAUGUGGCUCUGCGCGGCGGGCAUCUUCUUGGCAGCGACGCAGGCACGUCAGUUUCGAUCAAUUUACGCAGCAUUGAGCAGGUGCUGGCCCAGAUGAUCGAGGCGACCAAGCAGGACUUGGGCGCCCACAAACAUGCGCUCACUUCGUCCCGCAUCUACCGCGCCUCCAUCUUGCUCUUUGCCCCGUCGGGCGAGCUAGAAACCACGCCGUCCGGCGCCUCACACCCCGACCAAGUGGCGCUGGCCGACGCUGUGCAGCGGCAGGGCCGUCGGAGUGUGGCGCGUGAUCUACUCGAGACGCUCUUACCUCAUGUUGAGGCCCAGAUGGAAGCAUUGGAGGAAGAGAUCCGCGCAGCGCAAUCACAGGGUCCCUUGUACGCGUUCAGCGCUGAGGAGCUGGAAUAUUUGGCUCGAUACCACCAUGACUUGCCGGCCGAUGCGCCGCAUGAAAAGCUGCGCCUUCGUCAGCAAUAUACGAGUGCGCUGCGAAGUCGGCAGCGGCAUUGGCUGCAAGUGAUGCACCGGAUCCAGCAAUUCAGCGGACACUGUUUCUUUCAGCUCGGCGAAAGCGUCAAGCAAGAAAAGAGCAGCGAGGAUGUCAAGCCGUACGCUGCGAUGGAAGAGGCGGCAUAUCAGGCCGCAGAGCAGACACGGCAACGUCUCUUGGCCGAGGCACGUGGACACGUCGAGCAGUGUGUCGAGGCGCUGGAGCAGCAUCGCAUGGAUGCUCAGCAGCUUUUGUCCCUAGCAGUGCCGGCCGCUCAGGGUCUGGCAGGUCGCAGCGUCCUAGACGACGUGGAUGUGAUCCUGGACAAGCUGCGUCUUCAUGCCCACGUAGUGCUGGACUGGCGAAGUCAGAUCCAUGCGCGACUCGAAAAGCCUGUGAAUCGCGAGGUCAGUAAGGAGCGGGCAGACGACGACGUGUACGCUGAGAACCUGGAUGCCCAGAUCGAGGCGGAAACCCUGCUGGAAAUGUACCGCCCUCUCCUGGCACAGCGUGAUGAGCUCCUGACUGGCCGUAUUGCUCUGGGCGCCACUGCACGGCCACAGCUGUUUGUCGAGUUGGAUCGCGAGUUGCGUGCGGCGCGCCUGCGGCGGUUUCAGCAAGACGAGGAGGAGGAGGAAGAAGACGACGAUGUGCGGCGCGUGAAGCGGCUUCAACUCCAGCAUUUUCGCUCGCUCGAAGAGGCGCGCCGCCCAGCUAUGCUCCCUCCGGACGCCGAGCCGCUAGGGGCGCUCUUAUCGUCUCUCAAAGAGGCGCGCGAUGCAGCGACUCACCGUGAUGCCCAGCUGCUGACGACCAUGUGCACGGCGCUGCAACACCUGCUGCGCGACCAGUUGGCUGUGCUCGAUGCACUGCGCAAAGAGCAGGCGCUGUUCCAGACAUUGUUCAAUGCGCGUGCGCUGUACUUUAAGCAAGUCCAGGAACUGUCUGAUCAAGUGCAAGAUCCUGAGAUGCCCCAAGGCGCGUGGCCGAGUCUGUUUGCCAGCUUGGCGCAGGAACGCACAGCUCGACAAAAGAUGGGCGCCACAGAGGGGCGGCUCCGAUACCUGCACCAUGUCAAGCACAUGCACAACGAAAGCAUGAGCGAUACGGCAUCCGAGGCGCGGCACUGCUACAUUUGCACCAACAUCAUUGAGACGGGCAUUCUCACCAACGCAUGCGGACAUUUAUGCUGUGAGGCCUGCUUUCAGGCUUGGAUGGGGCAUGGUCACCGCACAUGUCCCAUGUGCAAGACGCGCCUGACACCGCGCGAUGUCCAUCGAGUGGUAUACCGCACGCGGCAGUUGAGUAUGGCGCCGACCGGGCUUCGACCGGCCGAGUCGACGUCGUUCCGGCAGCUGGCGCCUGACACACGGCAUGCCAUCGAGGCUGUGGGCAUCGAAGGUGGAAACGGCAGCAAACUCGAUCUACUUAUGCGGCAUUUAUUGUAUUUGGAUCGCACGACGGGCGAAAAGAGCCUGGUGUUCUCCUCCUUCGCACGUGGUCUCGACUUGGUGGCCGAGAGCCUGACGCACCAUGGCUUGGCGUACGUGCGUCUGGAAGGCUCAGGGGGCAAGCGUGCAAGUGCGGCGAUUGAAGCCUUUCAGCACGCGCCUGAUGUGCGUGUGCUUCUCCUUCACAGCGAGGCGCAGUCCGCGGGACUCAACCUGCUGGCGGCCACGCAUCUAUUCCUCCUGGAACCGCUGCUAAACCAUGCCAUGGAGCUGCAGGCCAUUGGCCGUGUGCAUCGCAUCGGACAAACUCGGCCGACGCAUGUAUACGGCUACAUGGUGCAUGACACGGUAGAAGAGCGUAUCAUGGCGCUCGCUGCCGAACGAUCUCAGUCACUGUAUUUGGACGUGCCAGACAAGGAACAAGAUAGUGCGCUGGUCCAAGCCGCUCAGCACGUCGCUGCCCAGGAUGCCACGCGGGAUACGCGGCGCGGUGAUCUGGUGGGAUCGACAAGCGAUUUACUGGCGUGCUUGUUUGCUCAGCACAUUGGCAGCAAGCGUGGGACGUAA